AUGAUGAACGUUGGCGGCAAAAGGAUUCCGCCGGCAGUCACAUUAAUUGACACAGCAGCGGCAAAAGGUGAUGCAGCCACAACCCACAGUCCUACUAGAGAUGCAGAAAAAGCAAGGCAAGAGGAGAUGAAGAGACACGACGAUACCCUGUGGUCGGAAGAUCGCCGGCGAGGGGCUACAGACAACGGGAACUCAAGGAUUGAAAGGAUAACGACAUACUAUGUGAACAAUAUACCAGAGGCGACAAAAAAAUAUGGUUUUCGAAAGAUUUUUGAAAGGCACGGGAAGGUGGUCGAUGUAUACCUACAUCAGAAGGCAGGUAAGGAUGGCAAGUUCUAUGGUUUUGUUCGAUUCAUAGGUAUUGAAGAUGUCGGUGCCUUAGAGAAAGAACUGAAUGGAAUCGACUACAAUGGAGUUAAGCUUAGAGUAAAUAUAUCAAAAUACCCAAGGAAAACUCUCAAUCCUAAUGUUACAGUAGAACAAACAAGUAGAUCAUCAAAAAGAGGAGUACAGUUUCAUAAUGGACUUAGAGACGGUAGAUCAUUUGCUCAAGUGGUGAUGCCGACUGUAACCGGUGGUCGUGUGACUCCAGAUUAUCAAAAUCCUUGGGUACAGAAUCCAAUUAAAAUACAGUCCGUACCUCAUAUGUCAAAUUGGUUUAAGAAAGGAACUCUUAUUGGGGAAGCAAAAUCACUCAAUCAUCUGGGACAUCUCCAAUCCUUGCUGAAGAUGGGAAAUGAUGAAGAGUUUGAAAUCAAGUAUAUGGUUGGUCUAAAGGUUGCGCUGCAUUUUUGCAUAUCAGUUGAGGUUGAGGCUUUUCUUGAGCACAAAAACAAAUGGGUGUAUUUCUUUAACUAG